AUGGACGGCUUGAUGGCCAGCCCUACUGUUCGAGGAUCACCCACUGCCGAAUACGUACCUGAUUCACUACAAGCCAAUGUACCUUCUGAUGCUCAGCACAAUCAAGGAGAAAAUCAUUCAGUUCACGAUCAGCCUUCCAUGCCUGAGAAGUCAAACACAGAAGCACCCGAGAUCGUAGACACUAAACCAUGUCUAGAGGUCACAAAAUUUGUUGACAACAAAUCACAAGAAACACCCAGUACACCGACUAAAGCGAUAACGACAGACGUGCAAAACAUUCUUCAGAGCUGCGUUCGGCGUUUAGAGACACUUGAGACUUACUCCUUCUCGCACGUACCCCUUGACGAAGUACAUGAGAAGUUUGAGCUUUUGGAUGGUCGCUUGCUAGAAAUGGAGUACUGGAGGAAAGAUAUUGACGCCCGUCUUGAAAAAUCUAGCAUGGCUCUCGAGGACAAAGACUCACAAGCAUCAACCUCUUCCCAGGACCUUCAGACCCGUGCUGGCAGCAAGGCACUUCUCUCGCGCGUUUCUGAUGUCGAGGAUCGAUUGGCAGAUCUGGAGGGCGCACAGCCUUCAUACGCCAAUCCGUGGGAGAUCGAAGUCGUCCUUCUUCCUUUCGGCCGCACAUUGAAAGGAGUCUGGCAUGAUUCGACUGACAACAACUCAAAGGAUGCCGGCACGCCUGCAGAACAAUGCGAUCAAGCUGGAUCGUCUAAUAGCUUGCUUGCUCCGACAAACAACAAAGAACCUGCUUGGACUGCGGAUACGAUUGAAGCCUGGGCGAACACCAUCAACCCAUGGCUCUGGCCAAGGGCGCCUGGUCCUAAUAGCAACCUGUUCAAACGCCUCCAAAGUCGAGGACUUAUUCGUAAUGUCAGCAUUGUCGACACUGGCGCACAUGGCAUCUGGGAGUCGAUCAAAGACGCCUUUGCAGACUUUGUUAAAACACAACCAUUCUAUCGUACAAAUAACCAACAGCAACCAUAUGAGGCAUUGAGAGAAGCAUUCGUGCCGCUGCGAAAGAUCAAGAAAUCUUCGUGGCUUCGUUAUCUGGAACCACACGAGUUGAUCACACCCGCCACCUGGGAUAUAUCAUUCUUGGACUCAGGCGUGUUCAUGAAUGGCAAAGGCGGCCGCAAACGUCUUUAUAUGACCACUGCCGACGGAUACAUCCAGCCAGGAAAGACUGGUUGGACGUGGCAGCAAAUACGUGACCUACCACGCUACGAGAAUGCCAUCGCCAGGUCCGGCUCACUGUUCAGUCGCGAAGCACCUUCAGAACCUUUUUGGGCACACAUGGCCGCUCUUGACGAUGCACCCGCAUUUUCAUCCUUUAUAUCGCAAUGCAGUAACACUUCUCUCGGCAAACGUCGCAGCUCUGCUGUCACCUUCGAAGACUCGGACAUCGGUAGCCCGUCAGCCAAAUCUUACACCUCAAGCUCAUCUGGCGACACAGUCACUCCUCGCUUCUCAGAAUCCUUCCCUAUCAUCACGAAAAGAGCAUCUCAGUCAAGACGUCGCGAGAGUCCAUCGUGCACACCGGUCGCCUACCAAAAGCGUCGUCGCACAUCUGGCUCUCCCAGCAGAUACCGAGGAGGGCUUGAAGAGUUGACACCAAGGUGGUCUCACGAGCCGCCUACACCCAUGAUGGAGAAUGCUUGGGAGACGCGCAGUCAAUGCAAAGCAGGAUCAAGCAGAAAGAGACUCAGCACACCUACCGCGUACGCGACGCCGCACAGCCACAAUGUCUCGAAUGUCGUCGACCUCGCUAUGGCAGAUGGAGGAGACACAGAAGUCGAAUCUGUCGGCUCUGGUCCAGCCGAGAGCGAGCAUGAAUGGGCAGGACUUGAUGAAGACGGAGACGUCAGCGAUAUGUCGCAUCUAACUUCACAGUCCAGCUUCUCUGCUAGCGAGUGGGUCGAAGACGAAAACCAGUCCUUCGACCAAGAUGGAGAUGAUGACGAUAGUCUUUACGAGCCAUGA